AUGACUGAAAUUGAAAACUAUUAUAGUACAGAUACAUUGAUUAUUUUUGUGAUACGUAAUAGCUUUGCACGUAUUAUGAUGUCUAGUUUACUUGUAGUUUGCUAUGCGCGAACUAUGUGUGAAAAACAACAGCUAUGGGUCUUACCCAAAUUUUGCUAUAUUGGUCUAGUGUUUCUUAUUCUUGAUUGGUGGAUUAUUCUAUUAAAAGUUAAUAUUCAUAGAAAAUUAGUAGAAUACUUUUGGAUCAAUACUGGUGUAGCAAUAUUUAUCAUAUUCACAAUGCCGCCAUUAUGGAUUUCACGUUAUGGUUAUUUUAUACAAUCUGUUAAAAAUUUGAAAGUUCAAGCAAAACAUGCAAAUACUAAUUUAGAAUCUUAUGUUAGUGAAUGUUGGGAUUUAAAAGAGAAAAAAGAACUUGAUUUUAUAGAAUUUCGACGCACUGAAUCACUUGAACAAGCACUAUCAACCAUUAACAAGAAUAUUAGUGAAUGUAAUCAAAAAGAUGAAAUGAAUGCUGGUAGUUGGUGUUCUUACGGUAUAUGUUUAAUGAAACAAAUGCCUGAUGAAAUGUUAGAACAAGUUGUUGUACUAAGUACUAUUUGUGUGCGUUGGAUGAUUACAGGUAACUUAGGUCUUGAUCAACUUAUUACUUAUUUUAUUUCAACAGCUUCAGAUAUUGUCGAUUUUGCGUCGACUAUGGUUGGACAAAGUGAAGAACUAAUUCAAGAUAAAAAUAAAGAUAUCAUGAAAGCUAUCAUUGCUGCUUAUUUCAUAUCUCUUUCGCAAUUCAGUGUUAAUCUAUCCGGUAAACGAAAACAUAAUCAUGCGUAUGAUUUAAUAGUUUGGUCGAAGGCAAAAAUUCGAGAACGACUCCUUAUUAUAAUAGAUUUAUUGUGUAGUACAGAAAUAUGGGGUAUUCUUGCACAAAUGGCUACUGAAGAUGGUCUUUUACUUGGUUUACGUAUUUUGACUGUAAUUAAAUUUAAUGCAAGCACACUUGAAAAUUUCUUCUUUGUUGUGAAAAAUAUUCUUACUAUUGGCAUUUUUACUUAUUAUGCAGCAGCAAUAUCAGAUUCCUAUAUUCAGCAUCGUUAUUUUUAUCAACAUUAUUUCCGAAAACAAUCUCAACAAAAUGAUCAAAAAUUAGCAUCUAAAAGAUUAAUAAAGAGGAACAGCAUUCUGAAAGGAUCUCAAUCUGUUAAAAACGAAUCAAUCAAUUUGAUAUAA